AAAUUAUUUGUACUUUAAAUAAAUGCAGCCUUAAUAAAUCUUUUAUUUUUGAAACACGAGAUGUUUAGAUGUUAUAAAUUUUUUGACGAAUAUAAAAAUGAUCCGUUGACUCCAUAUUGUCAUACAGGUUUAGAACGGCCCAAAAGCUUUUUUGUCUUUUAUCAUUUCAGAGGCUCUGAGGUCCUGAGGAGUUUCGACAUCGAUACCGUAUUUGACGUCAAUGCAAUUGUUUCUCAUGUCCUUUUCUCUGUCCUCUUUAAUGAAGUCCGUUAUGUGCAUACACCUGCUGAGCUGCUGCGCGUGGAGAGCACGGCCAAACAAAACAGUGACAUUGUGGUCGGUCAUAUACCAGUGCUUGGCCUUCCAGAGCACCGAGCUUUGAUGGAGGCAGCGUUUGUGUAUGGAACCAAAUACCAGUUUGUCCAGACGUCUGGCACUUUGGUUCUAAAACAUAUGGGGGUUGUGGAUCUCUCUUCCUCACAAGCGCGGCUGUGGUUUCUGCACUGUAAAGGUGUGUCCAGGCGGUCUGAUCCGUGUCCCAGCACUCCCAUGAGGAAACCACUCAACACCAUCAACAUACACACCUUCCUGCAGCUGAUGGAAGCACCUCUAGUGACAGAGUCAGUGCUGGACCCGUCUGAAGUAGAUGUGGUUCAUUUGCACCUCGGUGUGCCCGUGCUGUAUCUGUUCUCUCAGCCACAGACCCAGCACCUGGACCGGGCCACCGCUCAGACUCUCGGCCUGCAGCUCCGUGGGGAGGUCGGAGUAGUGCUCAUUCACAGGGACAAUCCGAACGUGAAAACUUCGCUGAAAUAUAACGCUGCUUACAGACUCCCACAGGAGGAUGUGAAAUAUUUUACCCUGAAUAGUGCCGAAGGGGUUGUGAAACUUUUCAAAGAAGAACUUUUGCAAGAACAGAAGUUAGAAAACGAAGAGGAAGAUGAGGAACAUUGGUCAGAUCUUGAUAUUCUCGAUGAUGAGGUGUCCGAGUCUGUGUACAGAGACCGUGAUCUUAUGCUGGAUUUGGAGUCUGUUAUUGAACUCACUUCAGACACUUUUCAAAUAACAGUCACACAGGAUGAUAUCACAGUGGUGCUGUUCUAUUUUAAAUGGGAUGCUGUCUGUAUGGCUUUCAUUCAGUCAUAUAUAGAGGUGGCGGAUGCACUUGAAGGUAUGAAUGGGGUAAAGUUGGCGGCAGUAAACUGUGGAGAAUGGACUGACAUUUGCAGUGAUCAGAAUGUCACUUCCUUUCCCACCGUUCUGAUCUACCGGCCCAUGGCUGCUGCUCAGCUCUAUAGGGGAAUGCUGGGAACCAAGAGCCUACACAGGUUCAUACUACUGAGUCUGGGCUCCAGUCCUUACAUUCUCUCCUCCUCUGCUGAGGUGAUGUCGUUCUUGGAGGGAGAUUUGUACAGUAAACAUAUGUAUCUGACCCCUGUCAAAGUGCUGGGCCUUUUCAGUUCAACACAUGACAUGGGUGUAACUUCAUUUGAAGAAGCUGCUAGACUCCUCAGAGGAGAGUCAAUUCUUGGGCUGUUUGCCCACAAAGAGGCAGAACAAUGGGUGGAGGGACUGUCAGUAAACCUGCCUGCUCUACUGGUCUCCCGCGGCCCUGGAGUUCCUUAUGAGGUCUAUUCUCUGCCAUCAUCCUCACCAACCGACCUAGUCUCACUUAUAAAACAAGUAGAGCUGGAUCGUUUUCCUGAACUGACCGUGGAGAAUCUUCCCUGGUAUUUGGAGCUUGGGAAACCUUUGCUGCUACUUUUUAUCGGAAAGGAGGACAGUACAGAGAGUACGAAGGCUUUAGCAGAGAUAAAGCAACCGCUGAGCUCUGGACAGCUGGAUUCCUUCCUGCCAUGUUGGAUCCAUCUAGGUCGGACACCUGUCGGGAGGUCUAUCCUGGAAAAGUAUCUUGGCUUUGUACCUCCACUUCCUGUUUUGGUGAUGUCACAGUUAAAAACUGGAGAAGAGGUGUUCCUUUUCCCCCCAGAGCGCCCCCUAAUGGCUAAGAACAUCCUGCAGUGGAUUCACGAUGUGGAAAACGGACAGGAACAACCAGCAGGAAUAACAAAUGGAUUCAAGUGCGAGUUUGGAUGAUACCUUUUUAAUCAUGAAAAAGACAAGCAAAGUCGCAGAAAACAGAUAGUCGUGUGUGCAGCGAUGACAGACUGCCUUGGUAGCACUAGACUGCAGUGGGCAAAGAUCCAUAAAUGUUCAAAUGAGAGACAACGGGUGGAAACCAGUCCAAUAAUCCAGAAAACAGAAGCAGUAACUCCACCAGAGAGCAGGAACCAGGAACAGAGCAAACCACAGGCACUGCACAGAGAACAAACAUGAAACAACAGUCUAAAAUACAUGGUGCCACCAAAAAGACAAUACAAUUUUGGUUGGACCUUAUUGAUACAUUAUCAGAUCUAUUGAAAUCCUGAGAUGUACUUGUUAUCCCGCUAAUACUGUUUUGUAACAUUGUAUGUUAACCCACGUUGUUUUUUUAUGUAUAUGGGCAGAUCUCGGGCUCUGCUGUAAAAAGUUAUAAAUCAAAAAUGUUUACUAAAUAAAGAUUCAAAAAAAAAAAAACAUGCAACAACAAUCUGACAAAGACAAGACCAAACGCUGAGACCAAUAUAGAGCAAUUAACGAGCCCCAGCUGAAACUCAUUAACUCAUCAAUGGUAGUACACAGAACAACCAGAAGGGACCGAUGCAUCUAUGAACAGUGACACUUUUAUUCAUGUCUCUAGAUAUGGCUUGGGUCCUUUUAUAGUCCUCCAGCUGAAUCAUAUGUCAGAUCGUUUGGAAAAGUACUGUAAUAUCACAACUCUUGUUAACAAAAUGCAUUAUUUGAGGGAUGGGAAAAAUGUCUUACUGUAAGUAUGAGCAAUAGUAAUAGUGAUGUUUGUCUUAGCAAACACCACUAAAAAUGUGUUUGGAACCAGUAGCAUUCUCAUUUUCAAAAUAAUUCCAAGGACCCAGAUGUCUGCUUUUCCUCUAAUUUGAGUAACCAGCAUCAUCAGAGCUGAUUAAUCCCACCACACCACAGACAUUAGACUCUCCACAUCAGUGAUUAUGAGAAGAGGAGUGCUAGUGAUAGUCUGUUAAUCUCUGUCAUACAGUGUUUUACAGUAGAUAGCACAUCUUUUGAUCCGUUUUCCUAGAGUGUGAUAGGAGCUGAUGUUUUUGAUCAAAAACCUUGCAGUUUAGGUUUAGUAAGGUGAGUGCCAUUAAACUGAUCAAAGGUGACAGCAAAACAUAAUGUUACAAAAGAUUUCUGUUUCAAUUUAAUGCUGUUCUCUUGAACUUUCUGUUCUUGAAAGAAUCCUGGAAUAAGAUGCAUCACAGUUUUCACAA